AUGGCCAUGCAGCCGUGCCGAUCAGGUCUGGCGCGAGGCCAGCAGGUCCUCAGAGCCGCCAGCCUGCGCGCCUGCUAUUCCACCGCUGCCACCACCAACACCACCCCCGAUGCCUCGACGGCCUACCGAGCACGAAGGGGAAGAUGGGAAGUCACACCCGAGGGCAUGAGCGCACCGAUCCGGAUGGACUUUGCGAAGAAGCCCCAGAACAAAAUCUGGGCAGUCAACAACGACCCCCGCGUCCUGAACGAGAUGUACGACGAGCUGCUGGGUCCCAAUGGAAGCAGGAUGCUCCCCGACGAGCUGAAGUGGCUCGCCAUCACACACAAGAGCUUCGACCAGGGAAGGAGAGGAUUUAAUGACAAGCUGGCACUUAUGGGUCGUAUGACCCUUGUCAUGGAGGCAGCAAAAGACAUUGUGAGCAAGGAGCCGCUGCCGGGAGCCAAGGCCGUCGACGAGUUCGAGGGCGAGAGACAACCAUUCGAGUCACCGCAGCUGUCACAAGUCGAUAACCUCAAUGUGAGGACUCCCCAAACCGUAGCCAGCAAGGAAAGCAUCUACAAGCUUGCGCAGAGCGUUGGUAUGCCCAACGUGGUUCGAUGGAAGCCUAGACUCCCCCACAACCUCGACUCCUCGGGUGUAGAGGUCGUCAUGAAUGGUGCUGUUCUUGCAAUCAUUGGCGCCAUCACCCUACAGCACGGCGCAGAGGUUGCCAGCAAGGUUGUCAGGGAGAGGAUACUGGGCCGUUUACGUCAAUUUUAA